AUGGCCGGUCGUCCGAGCUCGCUCUUGCACCGUGGCCGUGUCCUCCCCUUGUCUGUCUCCAAGCACCAGAAACCCCAGCUUGAUCUGCUUCCAGCGUACUUGGAAGACGCCCAUCUCCCAGUCACUCGGCCCCUUCAGGCGUGCUUCUCCGAGUGCAAUUGCCCUGAUCGUCCCUUGUGCGUGCAUGAUCAGUCUUUGGAAGAGACUGUUGGCACAGCCAAGUGCAUGGCUGGGUCCGUACAGCAGCUGCGAGAUGAAGGCACACAAACACAGGUCGUAGUAGCGGGUGCAAUAGCAGGGCUGGUCUCACGCUUCUGUGUCGCACCGCUUGACGUGAUCAAGAUCCGCCUUCAGCUGCAGAUCCACUCCCUCAGCGAUCCUUUGUCACUUCCUCCCGCUGGCAGGCCGACAUACAAGGGCAUUGUUGGAACGCUCAAACAGAUUCUGAAGGAUGAGGGUCUUACCGCGCUGUGGAAGGGCAACAUACCAGCCGAAGGCCUGUACCUUUCGUAUGGUGCUCUGCAGUUCCUCACAUAUCGUACCGCCAACCUAGCCCUCGAGAGCGAUGCCCUGCCAUUCCAAGUCAGUCCUGCGGCUCGUAGCUUCAUCUCCGGUGCUUUCGCGGGCACCGUAGCCACAACGGCCACGUACCCUUUGGAUCUACUACGUACACGAUUCGCAGCACAAGGAACAGACAAGGUGUAUUUGGGCCUGCGAUACGCCGUGCGGGAAAUAAGAGCCAGAGAAGGAACGCAAGGCUUCUUUCGCGGUCUCGUGGCCGCAAAUGCACAAAUCAUUCCGUACAUGGGACUGUUCUUCACCUUCUACGAGGGCCUCAAACCGCUAAUUCACAACUCGCCUGUGCCACUCGACUGGAUGGGUUCGGCUGACGGAUUUGCCGGAAUCGCCGCCUCGGUCUUGAGCAAGACUGCCGUGUAUCCGCUGGACACGGUCCGAAAGAGACUACAGGUCCAGGGACCGAGUAGACAACGAUACGUGCACGCCAACAUUCCUGAGUACAGUGGAGUCAUGGGCACGCUGAAGCUUAUCUUGCAACGGGAGGGUAUUCGCGGCAUGUAUAGAGGACUCACCGUGGCACUUGUCAAAGCAGCACCCACCAGUGCCGUCACAAUCUGGACAUUUGAGAGAGCGAUGACCGUCAUUAGGAUGAUUAAUGGCGACGCGCAGACAGACGAGCAAAUCGCUGGAAAAUAAUUGGCUGACAAAAAGCAAAAUCAAUCAAUAUCCUCUGACCAAAAUGACCAGCUCCUGGUUUACGCUUUCCGGAUCGCUCCGUGACUAUUUCUUUGGACCGCAAUCGCGGGUCUUACGCAGGAGAAGAGAGUCGUUAAACUCGACCGCAUUCGUUUCUCGGAACUUAGACGCCCUUUGUUCCAUUAAAUCAAUUUCCUUCUCGAAAAGAUUUCGACUAUGGGUCAUGGCGAUAUUGCUAGUGAACUUCAAUCUUCCAGUUCAGCAUUUCUUUCGCGAAUCAAGGUCCUAGCUAUGAUCAUUAGAGUGAAUAUCAGACUCGUUCGAGUCGAACGGGCUGAUAAGUCUACCUUUGCGCACCUAUGAUGGUGAUUCAAUGGCUACAAUCUACGUCUCCAGCUACUCCUAUCCGCCGUAGCGAAUGACGGCCUCCUACAUGCCACCACGAUGCCUGAAGGGUUAGCCAGUUCCCUAAAGCGCAAUUGGCGACUAAUUCAUGCGCCUUUCUAGUCAUCUAUCUACAUACGCUGGCUGGUGAUAGCAGUGAGCUUUUCUUCCAAGGACAGAAGAAAGACACGCUCGUGGCUGGACGAAAUGAACCAUUCCGUAACUACAUAGUAUCUUGGGUUCCUUCUACAAGCUGAGAAAACCAUAAUAUAUACUUCGGGAUGCAAAGGAUGAAAAUCGAACGUGUAUUGUUAUCUAUCAAAACGCAACAUCUUAGAGUAGAAGAGGCUACAUGACCACCAAUUUGAAGGCGAACUGCUUGUUCCAUGGACAUGGUGUGAACCUGCCCAAAACCUUGUCGCAGGGCCACGAUCAUGGGGUUUAAGGAGUAUCAGACUAACAAAUGGAAAAGAAAAGAAAAAUCCAGCCGAGCAUGAAAACGACAAAGGAGAAUCAAUCCUAGAGGCAUUACACACCCCACAGCAUCAUUUUCGCAUUUAUUUCAAGGAGGAAACAGAUCAGCCGUAAGCGAUCGAACCCGAAUGGCAUAUCAAAGUGAGCUCUGGAUAUCGAUUUCUGAGUGUUCAUAAUGCCACAACAUGUUCCGUUUGUUGAUUGGGUUCUCGGCACGAGUCGCAUCUCAUGUGCCCGCAGGUCGGGCAUUGCUCCACGUCAGCUCUAUUCGUUUCUCCACGUUGACAGCAGAUCCAUAGGUCGUUUCUUCUAGGUCCACGAUCGAACGCCUCUGUCGUAACUGCUGGAGAGGGCUCGGGUCCGAUGACUGCGGUGUCGAGCGGCUCCUCAGAUCUGUUACCCCUGAUGCCCAUGCGCUCGAGGAAGGAGCGAGAUCUGCGAGCGAGCUGAGUGCUGUCAUUGCGUUCUGUGAAGGAGAUUCGAUGGUGAUGUCGAAAAUUGAGAACCAUGUUCCGAAUAAAGCUGCCGGCUCGUUCUCGCAGAGAGGGCAUAAAUACUUUUGGGGGCUAGAGAAUCAGGAUAGAAAGAGCAGUGCUGAAGGAGACGGGGCCACAGAGCUCAAAAAUACCUGUGAGACAGAACUCCAAAAGCUGGAUGAGAAACGUCUGUUGAAGAUGUCCCGGCAGCUACUUGAGGGUUAAUGUGAAGACGGACAACAGGUGAUGCAACGUAGUUUUAUAUACAGGACUAGCCGCCCAAGCACGCAUGGUUCGCAAUAAAGCUACCAGACCGGAAUUCUCUUGACAUGACUACGACUUGAAAGGGUACGAAUUGAGCACAGCCCUAGUCUAUACGCUCGUGGCUAAGGAGCCGCCUUCCUCGCCCUUUCUCUAGUUAAACUGGCCUUUUGAAUUCACGAUGAUCAAGGCAAAAAAGGUACCGGCGUACAAGGAGCGAUGACUUUGGCGUAUCCAGUGUUUCGGCCUCAGACCUACGGUUCGUACACCGGUGAGGACAAAAGAAGCCCGAAAAUCUGGAUGGAAAGCGUGGAAACCAGAUGUAGUGAAAACCACCAUCUGUCCAAGUGAUUGGUGUGGCAGUGAAGGAUCCGUAGGAAGGUAAUCACAGAUUGUACGUGCUCCUACUUAGCCCUCGAAUGGAAAUUUAUUUUCAGCCGGCUCUUUGCAAAGAAAUCCUC